AUGGCGAUGACCGCGAAGCGAGGCCCAAGCGGCGAUGAGAUGCGCUGCUCUGGUCACCGCGCGCGCGCCCGCCGCGUCGAGGAAGGAGAGACGGACCAUCCUUCCGCCGCGGAGCUCCGAGCCAGCCUCUCCACCAGGGAUCAGGAGAUUGAAGAAAUGAGGAGGCGGCUGCGGGAGUUGGAGAAACUCGAGUUUGAGAUACCACCCGCCCCAUCGCAUGUUGGCUUCAGUUUACUGCCUAUAAGUGACUACCUUAUUCUAUUUUUAGCCUGUUUGAGGAGAUGUUGUGUUAUGUGGUUGCACAUGAUUAGUAUUGUUACAAUUCAGCAAAAGAAGAAAUCUGAAACAGCUGUGGCAGCAACAACAGUUGACAAGGCAGAGGUGGAUGUUCGCUCCAUCUAUGUUGGGAAUGUUGAUUAUGCUUGCUUGCCGGAGGAAGUUCAGCAGCAUUUUCAGUUUUGUGGAACUAUCAACAGGGUGACAAUCUUGACAGACAGCUUUGGUCAACCCAAAGGGUUUGCUUAUGUGGAGUUUGAUGAAGUUGAGGCUGUCCAGAAUGCUCUCCUUUUGAAUGAAACAGAAUUUAAUGGUCGUCCUUUGAAGGUUUGUCCAAAAAGAACCAACAUUCCAGGAAUGAAGCAAUCUAGGGGAAGGCACUCAGUUCAUCCUUUCUAUCCAUCGUAUGGGAAGGUACCAAGAUUCAGGAGGUUCCUGGGGUACAGCUACAGCCCUUACUACUAA